AUGGUCCUUGAUGAAGUGACUAAGUACCCUGAUGAAUUUGAUGAGAUGGACGUCGAGCACAUUCGCAAUAAAGACUAUAUUAUUGAACGUGAGGAAUUGGCUCAACUCAACGACCAAUACUUUCCCUCCGAGUUGUUUGCAACGGGUUUUCUCGUCCGAUACGGAGUGGACAAAAAGGGCGCACAACUAAUGGGUUUCUGUAACCGGUGUUACGUUCCCUACGGAGACGUUAGCCAAGAUAUGUAUGAUUUGGGCCGAAAAUUUCUGCUGUAUUUUGUAUAUAAGAGUCGCAUAGAGUUGGAUCAAAAGCCCCGAGCAGUGUAUGUAUCCGCCGCCGGAACUGUUCUGGAAAAUGUUGAAUUUACAAUAAUGAGAAAUGCUAUCGAUUUUGCCAAUAAUUAUAUGCCGUCCACUCCGGGCACACUUCUAAUCGUGGAUCUGCCCGUCAUUCUUAGGGUGACGUUCAGAAUGAUAGUAAGCCUAUUGAAUGAAUGGUUUAGCGGACAAGUGGUGUUCACAACAAUACGUAAAAUAAAGCAAUGGAUUAGUUAUAGUGAAAUACCUGCUUAUAUCGGCGGCAACUAUGAGAACUACACACGAAUACCUGAUGGAGUAAAGAGUGGUAAAUGUCUGAAGCAUUUGAGUCAUAUUCCGGAUGAGGAUUGGGAUACGUUUAUCGAUCAAAACAUUGUUUGCAUCCGAGAAGGCAUGCAAGAUGUUGGCAUUAAAUCUAUGGAAAACGAAUGCAAUGUUAAGACACGUAAAAUGACACCUCACGUCACGUUCAAGGAUCGGGUCAAGAUGAUUCGCCAGAAAGUGCUAGAUCACGUGAAGUUGCACCCUGCUGAGUUUGACGAGUCGGACGUCGAGCACAUCCGUAAAAAGGAUUAUAUAAUUGAACGCUAUCUUAAGGCUAAUGGCAAAAGUUUGAACGACGAUAAGCCAAAAAACAAUAUUUUAAAAGCGCUCAAGUUUUACAAAAAGGAGGGUUUCGCUCAACUCAACGACUCGUACUUUCCGUCCGAGUUUUAUGCGACGGGUUUCCUAAUCGGACACGGAGUGGACAAAGCGGGCGCACCCCUACUGGGCUUCUGUAACCGGUGUUAUACACCCUAUCGUGACAUUAGCGAAGAUAUGUACGAUUUGGGCCGAAAAUUCAUAUUGUAUUUUGUGUAUAAGAAGCGCAUAGAGUUGGACCAAAGGCCCCGCACUGUGUACGUAGCGGCAGAAGAGGCCCAUAUUGUUAACUUUGAAAUUAAAAUGUUUGAAAAUGUUGUGGAUUUUGUCAACGACUUUAUGCCGUCGACUCCGGCGAAACUACUUGUGGCCGAUUUGAGUCCAAUCGUUAAGUUAACAUUUAAAGUGUUGACAAAUCUAUUGCACGAAUCGUUUCAAAAGUCGGUGACGUUUACAACAAUGGUUGACAUCAAAGAGUGGAUCGCUUAUCAGGAGAUACCGACAUAUGUGGGCGGAAACUACGAGAACUACUCGAGAAUACCCGAUGGAGUCAAGUCUGGCAAAUGUCUGAACCAUUUGAAGUACAUUCCCGACGAGGAUUGGGAUGCGUUCACCGAUCAGAACAUUGUUUGCAUUCGCGAAGGACUCAAAGAGAGAAAUCAAAAAUCAAUGGAAAAAUACUUAAACCUCGAGUGUUAG